CCCAAAGACUCCUCCACCGACCACAACCAUGCAGGACGGCAGGGCACCACGUAUUCGCAACCGCGCGCCAGCGCCAGUGCAGAUCACUGCUGAACAACUCCUCAGAGAGGCUCAAGAACGCCAGGAGUCAACUUUUCGUGCACCAAAGCAACGAGUCGAGGACUUCGAGGAGCUUCACGAGUACCGCGGACGGAAGCGCAAGGAGUUCGAGGACAGGAUACGACGGAACAGAGGGAGCAUCAAAGAAUGGACUCAAUAUGCCAACUGGGAGGCAAGUCAGGGCGAAUUCGAUCGAUCGCGUUCCGUCUUCGAACGCGCUCUCGACGUCGACCCGCGUUCUGUGCCACUAUGGUUAAGUUACACGGAAGUGGAACUCAAAAAUCGUAACGUUCAACACGCGCGUAAUCUUUUCGACCGUGCUGUCACUCUCCUGCCCCGCGUAGACCAGCUCUGGUAUAAAUAUGUCUACCUCGAAGAACUUCUUCAAAACAUGCCCGGCGCCCGCCAGGUCUUCGAGCGUUGGAUGCAGUGGGAACCAGACGACAAGGCAUGGCAAGCCUACAUCAAGAUGGAGGAGCGGUAUAACGAGCUGGAUAGGGCCAGCGUCAUCUACGAGCGCUGGAUAGCAGUACGGCCUGAACCCAGAGUCUGGGUCAAAUGGGCCAAAUUCGAAGAAGAACGAGGCAAAUAUGACAAGGCGCGAGAGGUGUUCCAGACUGCUCUGCAGUUCUUUGGCGACGAGGAAGAGCAAAUUGAGAAGGCACAAGCAGUUUUCAACGCAUUCGCUAAGAUGGAGACCCGCCUAAAAGAAUACGAACGUGCUCGCGUAAUUUACAAGUUUGCUCUUGAUCGCCUUCCCCGUUCAAAAUCAGCCAAUCUUUAUGCUUCAUAUACCAAAUUCGAAAAGCAACAUGGUGUUCAAUCCGUACUCGAAUCGACUGUGCUUGGAAAGCGAAGGAUACAGUACGAGGAUGAAGUGUCACACGAUGGACGCAACUACGACACCUGGUUUGAUUAUGCACGACUGGAAGAAGGCGCAUUGAGAACACUCAGAGAAGAAGGUGGAACGAAAGAAGAGGAGAAAGCCUCGACGGAACGUGUACGUGAUGUCUACGAACGUGCAGUAGCGCAUGUGCCGCCAGGUCAUGAAAAGCGGCAUUGGCGGCGGUACAUCUUCCUGUGGCUGGAUUACGCUCUCUUUGAGGAAAUCGAGACAAAGGACUACGAGCGCGCACGACAAAUUUAUCGUACUGCCCUCAACCUCGUCCCUCACAAGCAAUUCACCUUUGCGAAAUUGUGGAUUAUGGCAGCCCGAUUUGAAAUCCGUCGACUCGACCUUCCUGCUGCCCGCAAGAUUUUGGGGGCUGGAAUGGGUAUGUGUCCGAAGGAAGCCCUAUUCAAGGGCUACAUUCAACUUGAGAUGGAUUUGCGCGAGUUCGACCGUGUUCGAACACUGUACGAAAAGUACAUCGAGUACGAUCCGACGAAUUCGGCUGCUUGGAUCAAGUACGCCGAGCUAGAGACGGCCCUUGAAGACUUCGCGCGUGCCGAGGCCAUGUUCGAACUUGCGGUAUCCCAGUCAGCACUUGCGAUGCCCGAACUGCUUUGGAAAGCGUAUAUCGACUUUGAAGUGGAAGAGCAAGGCGAUCGGGAGAAAGCACGUUCGCUAUAUGAGCGUCUGGUUGCCCUCAGUGGUCACCACAAAGUGUGGAUUUCGUACGCCGAGUUUGAAGGUUCACCUAUCCCAUUGCCGCGUGCUGAGCGUGAGGAAGACGAAGAAGACGAAGAAACGGAGAGGAAAAUGGUUCCCGGGAACCCAGAGCUGGCACGGCAAGUCUUUGACCGAGGUUAUAAAGACCUCAAAAGCAAGGGACUUAAAGCAGAGCGAGUGACGUUGCUGGAGGCUUGGAAAACGUAUGAACAAGCCAACGGCACCGAGGCAGACGUGGCGAAGGUGCAGGGUAUGAUGCCUAUUGUUGGGAGGAAACAACACGUCGACAAGGAGACCGGCCAAGUGGUCGAAGAUUGGGAACUUGUCUUCGCGGACGACGAGCGGGAAGCAAAUCCGACGUCUUACAAAUUCUUACAAAUGGCUCAUGCCUGGAAGGCCGCCCAGGCGAAGAAGACUGGUGGGUCGGGGAUGCUGUCGGGCUUUACUCCGUCAACAUCCAAGACCACCGGUGCAACUGAUUUGGGAGCGGCUGGUGGGGAUGUGGACAUGCAAGAACGGCGUCAAGAUGAUGCCAGCAGCGUUGCAAGCUCAGAGGAAUGAUUCGCUUGAAAUUUAUGUAGUACUGUGUACUCCUCACUUCGCUUUGCAACAUUACUUCUGCGCGGUGUAUUGCUACCA